AAUUGACAGCUGAGCGGUGGCGCGGCCAGCUGUGGGUGGAGUCACUCCGGGGCCUGGACGGGAACCUGGCAGGGUCAGCUCCCGUCAAGAAGCUUGGCUGAUGGCUGUGUGGGGCCUGGGGAGUCGUCUUGGCCUGCGCGGAUGCUUCGGCGCCGCCAGGCUCCUGUAUCCCCGUUUCCAGAGCCGCAGCCCUCAGGGCGUGGAAGACGGGGACAGGCCACAGCCUUCCUUGAAGACACCCAGGAUCCCCAAGAUUUACACCAAAACGGGAGACAAAGGAUUUUCUAGCACCUUCACAGGAGAAAGGAGACCCAAAGACGACCAAGUGUUUGAAGCCGUGGGAACUACAGAUGAAUUAAGUUCAGCUAUUGGGUUUGCUCUGGAAUUAGUCACAGAAAAGGGCCACAUAUUUGCUGAAGAGCUUCAGAAAGUGAGUAACACCGUCUUACCCCAAGCUGGGAAUCUUCAUCCCUGGUGGCCGUCACGAGACUCAGCAUCCAGCCAUCAGGUCCUCUUUGUGUCACCUGGGGCUCGUCACUCUCGCUCUAUCCAGUGCACAUUGCAGGACGUCGGCUCGGCCCUGGCGACACCACGCUCCUCGGCCCGGGAGGCUCACUUAAAGUACACCACGUUCGAGCCGGGGCCCAUCCUGGAGCUGGAGCAGUGGAUCGACAAGUAUACCUGCCAGCUCCCACCACUCACGGCCUUCAUCCUGCCUUCGGGAGGCAAGAUCAGCUCAGCGCUGCAUUUCUGCCGGGCCGUGUGCCGCCGGGCCGAGAGACGUGUGGUGCCUCUUGUCCAGAUGGGAGAGACCGAUGCCAACGUGGCCAAGUUCUUAAACAGACUCAGUGACUAUCUCUUCACACUAGCCAGAUAUGCAGCCAUGAAGGAGGGGAAUCAAGAGAAAAUAUACAAGAAAAAUGGCCCAUCAGCCGAGUCUGAGGCACUCUGAAAUCACAGAAAGGGGGAGCUUGGAGGAUCCCUCCAUGGCGAUGGCCGUGGAGAGAGGAGCUUGCGCUUCUGGGUCCUGGUUCCUGAAGAGCUCACCCAGAGAGACUGAAAGCAGCCUUUCGUCCCAGCUCUGCUUUGCUCCAUACCUCCUGCCACCUUCCUCAAGGGACUGUGGCCCUUUGGGGAUUCUGUCCCUGACCCUGCUUCCCCAAGCUCUCCUGGGUCUUGGAGGGAUGUGGGAAUGAAUUGGUAUUGCAGGAAAGACAGGUAAAGUGAUUGCUGCAAUGAGAAGGAGCUGUGCGGAAAAAGAAUAAAAGUGAGAAAGGCUGGAGCCGUGUGUGUGUGUGUGUGUGUGUGUGUGUGUGUGUGUGUGUGUGUGUGUGUGUGAGAGAGAGAGAGGGAGAGAGCGCCCUCCCACUGCCAGCUCAGGUUGUUCAGAGAUUUGGAAUGGGACCAGAGGCCCUUGAAAAUGUAAUUGUGAUUUACCUGUGCCAAAGGGGCUUUAAAUGUCACAUUUGUAACGGGGAAGGCGGACAGGAUUUGUAAGUUUAGUUACCUCUGAGCCGCCCAUCACCGCCAAAGUGUUGGGGAAGGAUAGCUGCAGAGUGACAGGCGAGGCUCAGAAACUCCUGGCUUAGAUUGAAGUGUGUGUGGUGGGGGUGCAGCUUAGAGGACCCCCUCUGAAAGGGACAGAGACCCUGCUGAGAACAACACUACCACUUGAAGGUGAACAUUCCCUGUCCAGUUGGACUGAGUCGAGGGUCUGCGGUGCAGCGUCUUCAGCUUAAGAAAAUGAGGUUGUCAGUUUCCAGCGAGGCUGACAUCCACCAGACUGAUUUCUCCGAUGUUGCACUUGGCUGGCUUAUGCCUCUGAGAUCCAUGCACGGCUGUAUUUAUUUCAGUUGUCACCGCUCCUCCCUCCUGCUAUGAAACGACACUUGCCAGUGCCAGCAGUGUCCUUGGGAAAGGCGAUAUUUAUGAAGGGCAGAAGAGGCAGCCCCAAGAACCUGAAGACUGCAGGCUGCUAAUUGCAGGAAAUGACUUUGGAAGGACAGACUCUUGUGGAGUUUCAGGGCUGAAAGGCCUGGCGAACUCCAUUCAGCCGUCACGUAUUGACUGAGUGGCUGCUUAGCAUGGGCCACCGCGUGAGGCUCGGGUCAGCUGGUCACUCAGGCCAUCUUUCAUGCCGGCAAGUCAGCAAACAUUACAUUCUCAGUCAUGUGCAUGUUUUUGCCUUCAUUCUUACCACCUUGCCUGCAAAGUUUGCAGGAGGGCCAGGUAUAUUCAUUCGUGUCUUCUGGGUCCCUUCGUUGCUGACAGGCUGCGGUGGCCCUCUCAAGCCUUGGGCAGGGUGGGUGAGGUGCCGAUGACCAGGAGUGUGUGAAUGCCUUCCAGGAGGUGGCUUUGUUCAGUGCCUCACUGCCCCCAUAGUCACUACCAGGUCUGGUAUGGAGUCGGUGUUCAGUGUGUGCAAAACAGAGCUGAAAACGGACUUUAGGAGGCCAAGGCAGGCAGAUCACCUGAGGUCAGGGGUUUGAGACCAGCCUUGUCAACACGGCAAAACCCCAUCUCUGCUAAAAAUAAAAAAAUUAGCUGGGCAUGGUGGCAGGUGCCUGUAAUCCCAGCUAUUCAGGAGGCUGAGGCAGGAGAAUCACUUGAACCCAGGAGGCAGAGGCUGCAUUGAGCCAAGAUCGUGACACUACACUCCAGCCUGGGUGAUAGAGCAAGACUCCAUUUCAAAAACAAAAACAAAAACAAAAAAAAAAAACAAAACAAAACCCUGAAAACGGGAAAGGCUUGAGUGUUCAGAAGUGAAUGGUGGUUAACCAUGCAAUCACUUAAGGCUCGGUCAGGGAGUAUGUUCAAAGAGCUUGCAGUGAAUCACUCAAUUCUGUCUACACCUCAAAAUCUUCCUGGAAUAUAUAUAUAUAUAUAUAUAUAUUUGGAAGUUUAGUUACCUCUGAGCCACCCAUCACCAUCAAAGUGUGGGGGAAUAUAUAUAAUACACAUAUAUAUAAUAACAGCAGCCCUGCAUGCCUAGCCAUGGGGAAGCACAGCCUCCAAAGGAUAAGGAAAGCUCUUUGAGUAAAUACAGCAUCCUAAAGUGACAAUCUUUCAAACAAGGCCGUUUGCCUGUUGCCAAGUCCUGUCCUUCCAGGACUGGCUGUCAUAGGCCGGAUGUUAACAGUCGCAUUCUCAGACCCCCGCCUCUGUAUCUGUCUCCUGGUUCACCGGCAAACACUUCUCUGAGAAACCACCCGGGUGCAGGGCAGACGCCACCACUCAGCAGGUGUUUCUCUCAUGUGCUACCAACCUGGGAAAAAUGGAGAAAGCUUGCUUUGGGGGCCGGGAGGAUGGGGUGUUUAAAACAUUUGCUCUUCUGCAGCGCCUUUCAAAAGCUCUCUCAAGAGCCCAAGGCAAAAGGAAAGGCGCGUACCCAUCUGUACACUGAGCGAAUAUCCUCGCAUAUUUUGAACCAGGUGGGAAAAGUUAAUAAAAGCCCUACAAUCAAGAAACAUGAGUGUGGAGCCCAGCUGCCAGUGUUUGCACACCAUUGCCAACUCUCAGAAACGAUCCAUCCCAUUGCACGGACACAUGGGUUUUGAAACACACAGCAGCCUGCUUUUAUUUAAAGUCGUGAUCCCUUGUCGUAGAUUUUUUUCAUAAUUUCAUUUUGGAAAAUAUUGCACACAAAUAUUACUCAAUCACUGGGUUUGUGGGUUGUGGCCACUUCCUUACAUUUUGCACCCUUGAAAAUGCCUCCCGCUCCUCCAGGUCAGGCUCCCUGGAAUAGGGUAUGUAGUGUCAUUUCCAGAGACGAGCUGGCCGUUGGCUCUUCCCUCGGAGAGAAGCCCACAGUAACAGUGACGCCAGCCCGCACUGUGGAAGGGCUUGCUACAUGCAGUGCCCUGAGCCAAGCGUUCCACAGACGUUAUCUCAUUUGAACCCCAUAGCAGCCCUGGAAGAGGCAUUCGGUGGGGAACCGAGUUGUCCUGGGGAGUCAGCAUCAAGAUGUGGGCCCCGGACGCGGCCUCGUCACUCACGGCCCCGUGCUGCUCAGCUCCCACCCACUGCCGCUUGACAGUCGUUUUAAUCACUACCUGGGCUGCGGUGAACAAUGCCAGGCUCUGAUAGACCCUGCUGUCCUCAUUUCUCAACCUAGUUUCCCUUAACUGAUAUUUCAUGGCUAUUGUUAAUGCGCAUUUUUCACCGAGUAAUUUCCACAGCCCUAACUUGUAACACAUCCCAAUGACAAACGUCCCUGGUUCGGAAGCCCCCGUCAGCGGCAAUGUCACCCUUGCCGCUGCCUCGACACCUUCCGACAGCCCAUUCGGUUUUAUGAUCGCCCUGUCCCAGUGAUCACUACUGAACCUUUAAGAAUCCAGAUGCAUUUCAAGUUUAAUUGAAUAAAAUUCUUUGUAUAAU